AUGCAGCAAGACCACCCCAAGAAGGAUUUGAAAGAGAUGGAGUUUUUCACAGAGUAUGGUGAUGCCAAUAGGUAUAAAAUUUUGGAGGUCAUUGGCAAAGGAAGCUAUGGUGUUGUUUGUGCAGCAAUAGAUACUCAUACCGGGGAAAAAGUGGCAAUAAAGAAGAUACAUGAUGUUUUCGAACACAUCUCCGAUGCUAUCCGAAUAUUGAGAGAAGUCAAGUUGCUUAGGCUGUUAAGGCACCCUGACAUUGUUGAGAUUAAGCGGAUUAUGCUACCACCUUCCAAGCGGGAAUUCAGAGACAUUUUUGUUGUUUUUGAGCUCAUGGAGUCUGAUCUUCAUCAAGUCAUCAAAGCUAAUGAUGACUUGACGCGUGAACAUCACCAGUUUUUCCUUUAUCAAAUGCUUCGUGCAUUGAAGUAUAUGCAUACAGCGAAUGUGUACCAUAGAGAUCUCAAACCCAAGAAUAUACUGGCAAAUGCAAAUUGCAAACUCAAAAUCUGCGACUUUGGGUUAGCACGAGUUGCAUUUAGUGAUACGCCAACGACAGUUUUUUGGACGGACUAUGUGGCCACCAGAUGGUAUAGAGCUCCUGAGCUGUGUGGGUCUUUCUUUUCUAAGUAUACCCCCGCUAUUGAUAUUUGGGGCAUUGGUUGCAUCUUUGCCGAGGUGUUGACAGGGAAGCCAUUGUUCCCUGGUAAAAGUGUAGUCCACCAAUUGGACAUAAUCACUGAUCUUCUUGGGACUCCGGCACAAGAUACCAUUUCCGGGGUGAGAAACGAUAAAGCUCGGAAGUAUUUAACUGAGAUGAGGAAGAAACAGCCUGUCCCGUUUGCACAAAAGUUCCCCACUGCAGAUCCCUUAGCACUAAGACUUCUCCAAAGGCUCCUAGCUUUCGAUCCAAAGGAUCGACCAACUGCGGAGGAGGCACUUGCGGAUCCUUACUUUAGGGGCCUAUCGAAAAUCGAGAGAGAGCCUUCUUGUCAGCCGAUAUCUAAGUUGGAGUUCGAGUUUGAAAGGAGAAGGAUAACGAAGGAUGACAUCAGGGAGCUACUUUACCGGGAGAUACUUGAGUAUCAUCCGCAGUUGUUGAAAGACUACAUGAGUGGGAAUGAAGGCACAAACUUCCUCUAUCCUAGUGCGAUAGGUCACUUCAGAAAGCAGUUUGCAUAUCUUGAAGAAAAUAGUGGUCGUAGUGCACCAGUUAUUCCUCUAGAGAGGAAGCACGUUUCUCUCCCUCGGCCCACAAUUCAUUCUACGUCGUCAAUGUCUCAUAACAUCCCGACUUCAACUUCAGUUGACAACCAUCAAGUAACAGAUGAAGUUUCCAAAAACUUCAGGGGGGCUGACGGUGUGGCUGGGAAUGCUUCUAGGACUUCGCGGCCUCCACCUAGAGUGCCAACAGUGAGCGCAGCAAAGCCCGGUAGAGUCAUAGGAUCAGUUGUACCAUGUGACAGUACUAGAAACCUCGUCACAGACGUCUACGACGCGAGGAGUCUGUACAGAAACAGCACCACAGUGUCGCCACCAUGCUUCUUCAGGACCACCAUGAACUCCACCACAACGACGAAAGACAAACCCUCCUUGAUGGACGCCGACCACCACCACACAACGUCACAAGCCAGGCCGCAGCAACCUCUUCAUCAGCCGCACAACAUGAUGAUGUCAGCUUCCACGAUGGGGAAGCCGAUGGUUCCUGCAGGAACAAUGGCAACGGAUAUGAACAACACGAACCCGUACUACCACCACCACCACCAGCAGCAGCAACAAGCCAGGGUGUCCGUGGAGCAUCAGCAGCAGCAGAUGAACGAGCGUAUGGCCAUCGACGCUAAACUGAUCCAGGCCCAGUCUCAUUACGGCCCUGCUGGUGCGGCAGCUAUUGCUGUGGCGGCUCAUCGGAACGUGGGGACGGUGCAUUAUGGGAUGUCUUAG